AUGUUCGAAGCGAAAAUUCGAGCGCGCAACCAAAAGGCGAAGGCCACGGAUUCGGCGCUCGUUUCGGUGAGCGGCAAGAGCGCGGCGGGAGAGAAGGCGAGGAAGCGCGGGCGCAUGGACGAUUUCUACGGCGAGGGUGGCGUGGCGGCGAAGAAGGCGGCCGACGAAUCGAUUGUCCUCUACCUCGCGGGGACGCGCACAUUGGAGCGCCAGUGCGAGCACCCGUUCUUCCUCAACAUGUUGCGCGCCCAACGGAUCGAGAAGGCGUUGUCGCCCGUUACGAAGUCGUGGAGGGAGACGGGCGUGACGAUCUCCAGCGACAUGAUGCAAGACACGAGCGGACGCGCGCAGAUGAACGUCAUAUGCAUCAACGACACUGGAGCUGUCUUCGUUGAGGCGGUUGACUGCAAGGCUGCGACGAAGAGUGGCUCGUCCAUCGCUGGCGUCCUGCAGCCAAUCAUCGAGCGCAUCGGGGCCGAGCACGUCGUCGCGCUGUGCACGGACGGCGGCAGCAACUACAAAGCUGCUGGCAAGCUGCUGCAAAAGGAGUGGCCGCAUCUCGACCUCGUUCUCUGCGCCACGCACGUGAUGGAUCUGUUGAUGGAGGACAUCGGCAAGAUGGAUUGGGCGCAGGUGAUUGUGACUCAGGCCGACAACAUCAUCAACUUCGUGCGCAGUCACCAGUGGACGCGGGCGUUCCUGCGGCUCCCGGAGAUGCACGGCGAGAAGAAAUCGCUACAGGCCCUGCGCACGGCAGGCACGCGCUUUGGAACGCAGUACAUCGCAGUGUCUCGUCUGCGCGAGAUUCGCCCCCAGCUGCAGGCGAUGGUGGCGCACAAGGACUGGGCGGAGAAGGGGGGGGACACGCUGACGGGAGCGGAUUUCGAGGGGUGGGUGAGCGACACGGCGUGGUGGAAGAAGGUGGACUUCUUCGUGCAGCUGAUGGAGGUGUUCUACAUCGUGAUGUGGAGGACGGACUCAGCGGCGAAGGGGAUGAUGGGUCAGCUAUACGACAUCAUGCUGCAAUUGACAGAGGAGUUGGAUAAGCUGCUGGAUGGGAGGGAGUGCAAGCUGAGCAGGGUGGAUAAGGAUAAGGUGAGGGAGCAUUUGAGGAGGCGUUGGGACGAGAGCCUGGCAUGCCCCCUCCACGUGGCAGGCCGGAUCUUGAACCCGGCCAACCAGGAGGAGGGCAUCUUUCUGCAAGACCCGGAGUGCACCACGGUCAUGCAGGAGUGGCUGGAGCGCCAACAGGUCUUCGUAGAUACGUACUAG